AGCAGGCGUCACAAGCAGGAUCCGCUCAGUCACACACGGAGGUUUUUUACCGCAGUGCAUCUGCAGCAUCCUCUGAUCUGAGCGACAGAGGUGCCGCUGUGGCGCAGGGAACACACCGUUAUCAGGCACAGGAGGACGGAUGUUGUGUUCUUUUGUGGAGGGUUUGCUUUUUCUUUGCACCCCCGUGCGCUCACGCAAGAGGAGCAUCUCAUGUAGUGCGGGGCCAUUAAAUAGGCCUAGGUGAAAUCCUUCCACCUUCCCAGGAGAGGAAUAUUCAUUUUUUUCUGCGAGGACACGACUCGAGGAGAGGAGGACAAAGGUGUGUCGUGCCCUCCUGUCUGCUGCUUCCAGGAUGCAUUUCUCAGUCGGACUGAGUCUCUGCCUGCUAGGCUUCGCUCUUGUCUCUCUGUUUCCUCAGCCAGCGCGGGGUCAAGCCCUGUACGAGGGCCGGGGGGCCUGUGCCGAGGUGGACUCCGACACAGAGGCAGUGGCGGGCGUGGGGUUCAAACUGGGCUGCAUCUCCUGCAAGAGGAGGACCGAGGUGAUAGCUACUGCCACCGUCGAAUGGUACUUCAGGGGCAAAGGAGAGGCCGACUUCUUUCAUAUCUACAGCUACAAUGAGGACGGCGCCACCGUGGAAAGCGACAACUUCGUGGGCCGUGUGGAUUGGAACGGAAGUAAGAGGAGCAACGACAUCCAAGACGCGUCCAUAUACCUGCUCAACGUCACCUUCAACGACUCGGGAACCUACCAGUGCUUCUUCAAUCGCAUCCUCGCCUACGACAACUAUGAUUACACCACCGUCAUCAGCAAGGUGGUGAAGCUCACCGUGGUGGCCAAAGCGACCCGAGGAACGGCUUCCAUCGUGUCCGAGUUCAUGAUGUACUUUACCGUCAUCGGCCUGCAGGUGUGGCUGCUCAUAGAGAUGAUUUACUGCUACAGGAAAAUAUCAGCUCAUGGGGAGGAAGCAUUACGAGAAGCGGCAAAUGCUGAAUAUUUAGCUAUAGCCACGGAAGGUAAAGACAACUGUGGGGGUGUACAGGUCGGAGAAUAGCACAGGCGUCUUCCUUGGACUGAACACAUCCAUCCGCCCACUGACCUGCAUGUAGACAACUCGGGGGGGAAACUCCUCUUCAUCUCAAGCCUCUAUUUUACCUUUUCCUCGCCGAAGAUCACACAUGGAUAUGACAUCACAGAGAGCAUGGUCAGCACUGUACAUAGUAUCUUGCGCCACAAAAGCAUGUCCUGCCCUGCACUUAUUCGAGAAAUCAUUAUGCAUUAAUGAAAUUGUCAAAAGCUUAUACUGUACAGUACAUACAGUAUUUAUUUAAGUAUUUGGAAUCGCUCGUUUAUAUAAAAUGGAAGAUGUACUAUGGGCGUCUGUUGGACUCCAUGAGGCUGAUUGUAUAAGAAAGCUUUUUACUGAAUCAUCACCACAUAAUGUAUAAAAAACGCGACACACAACAUGUAUGGUAAUUUAUAAAAAAAAUAGAAUGUGAUGGAUUAUGAUAGACUGUCUUUCCAGUUGCUGGUUGUACAUUCAAUUAAAACUUAAGAUGCCAUAAUAAAAACUCUAAAAGUA